CUCAACCGAGGUUACAGAAUUUUCCUCGGAUUCACUUGACAUUUUGUUAGUUGCUUCUGUUUGCAAUGCAUUCUCUUCACAAUUUUAAUUAUUUGAAGUAUUCCUCCUUGACACGGGAGACCGCUGUCAUAUAUGAUUGCCAUGUGAUUGCACAGCGGUUCUACGAUCCUUUUAGUUCCCCGUAGCUUCCUACUUUUCAAACAAAUCUAUCCAUCAAGAUCCAAAAAGAUUCAUGUUAAGAAUAUUUAUUUGUAUUUUUAUCCUAGACAGCUUGUCUUCAAGACACUUUUUCAAUAAAAAAAAUGGGCAAACGAAACUACAGAAGACGACGAGACAUAGAAGAAGAAGAAGGAGACAUUGACCACGAGAAUGAUAGUUUGGAGAGCCUGGAGACUCGUAAAGAAAUUCAAAAACUUCGUAAAAGACAGAAGGGUCUGAGUGCCACUGAGCUCGCUUUAGGGGAAAGUUUGCCCGAAAGAGAUAAAACUGAUGUCGCUGAUCCUUACAAAAGCAAAACAGGAGGCAUGUUAGAUAUGGACAUGAUUAAGGACAGAGAUCGAGAUAGAGAAGGUGAAGAAAAAGAAAGGUCGAUAUCUCUUGGUAGUAGUUUUGCUGUCGAAACGAACAGGCGAGAUGAGGAUACACAUAUGUUGAAAUAUAUUGAAGAUAAAAUGAAAGCAAGAAGUGGCGAAUGUGAUGAAGAUGUAAAGGCAGUGAAAGUUAAGUCAAAGGAGGAUGCUUUAUUUGAAUUGCCUGACAAACUUAAAGUCAAAUCACAACUAAAGCAGUCCGAAGAGAUGUUGUCAAACCAAAUGCUCUCAGGAAUACCUGAAGUCAAUCUUGGAAUCCAGGCAAAAAUACGUAACAUUGAGGCUACUGAGGAAGCCAAGAUGAAAAUGAUUGAAAAGCAACGCAAUAAAUGUAGUGAAGGACCUUCUAUUAUGGUUCCAACCAAUGUUGCUGUGGAUUUCAUGCAACAUAAUCGAUUUUAUGAUGAACGGAAAUCAAUUGAAGCAGAGAAGAAAAAAAUGCAAAAGCAAGCUAAGGAGCAUGAAGAAAGUAAACCACAAGGACCAACAGUAACAGCUGAAAGUCUUGGUGUGGGUAUUGAUGGUGAAGAUGGUACAAAUAGCUACAAAAAGGGUGGUAAACAACAUGAUAAAGCUUCAGACGAUUUCUUUUUUGAGAAAUUCAAAAAUAGGACUCAAGAUUCCUGGAGAUAUCGGUAGUGAAGGUAUUUUGUGAAAUGUAAAUAAAUUUGUUUUUUUGGUCAAAUGUUCUAGCACAAUUGCCAUCAUUUGUGAAGAUUUUAAUGGGGGGAGUUUCAACAAUUGGUAAUGAAUAUUUGACUUUGUGCAAUCAUUUCUUUGCUUGAAAUCCUUAAUUGUCUUUCUAUUUUGGUCAAAUGCAAAUAAUUUUUUAUCAUGUUGUAUAGUCGGUGAUUUUCAUUUAUGUAAUGAUGUUAAAUAUAAACACAGAAGUGACAAUACUUA